GCCAUUGGCUGACAUCUUCGACCAGCGCUUUUUUCUCUCAAUUCCUUAUGAAGAGUGCAAGAGGAGGAGGAGCCACAGGAGUUACACUGUACCUGACCCACCUGGGCUGUUUGAUGGACACGUGUGGCCAAUGUAUCUGAGACACAGGAAACAGAUGGAGGACAGCAAUGUUAACGUUGAGUACUUGAAUGGUUUGAAAUCGAAGGAGGAUAUUUACUUCCAUGUUUUAGAACGGAUCCAAAACAAGAUGCUGAAUAGCUCCUAGGAUUUGGUGUGCCGAGGAGGGGAAGAACUCCAUCUGUAAAUAAAAGGAGUGAUUCAAGUUUCUGGGAUUCUGUGGCCGGAAACUAACUGGUUUAACUGUAUAUAUAGUUUUGGAUGUGGAUUAAGUUAUUUUUAACUGCCGCUGUAAGACAGUUUUACGGAUUUUUGUUUUUUGGGAAGCCUUCCAAGUAAGGCUGCAUAAAACUUUUUUAAAAUAACUAUUGUACUGGUUUAAACCCCCCUGUUAUAGUGCAGUCUGUAAAACCAAGCAAUGGUUAAUAGUUUCACUGUAGAACUGUG